GCGAGACAGCGCCAGUGAGGGGUUUGAGGUAGGGUGGGGGGGGCGAGAGAGAGAGCGAUGGGUGUUGUUCCGCCGCCGAGCCCGAGAUAGCGAGCGUGUCAUCAAGAUGAAGAUGUGACGGGCUUCUGUAGUCGUCGGUGGAAUGAUCCAGAAAACGAGGGGUUCCUACCCAGUCACGCGUCUCUCCAAGGUCAUCCGGCGAAGACGGAACCGAUGCAGCCCAGGGUGGACUCCAAAAAAGUGCCACGACGGAGCCCGCGGACGCCGUUUCCGGCAACUAGGCGCUCUGAGGGAGAGGACCUGAUUGAAUGGCGGCACGGAGCCAUAGGCGGGUAGAAGCCAGCCUGGGAGGGAGAUGAAUAAAUAACCUAGGCGACGGCCGGGAUGUGCGAGGACGGCGCGGGAGGAGGUGCGACGGGGGCCGCGCAGGCGAGGGAGAGAGGUAAACAUCGCUGCCUCCUGGACGCCCCACCUGGCAGGACUCAAGCCUUCAGGAAAUAAGACACAGCAAUAUCAAAAAGCCCGUUAAGAGGAUUUAAAGAGAAGUGGAUUUUUUUUUUCUUUCUUCUAAACUGUGGGAAUACAAGGCCACCAGUGGGCGAGUAAUUCAGAUUUUCCCAGGUUGUCCCCUCCCCCCCCCGCCCUCGGUACAAAAUUCAAGGGGAUAUCAUGGAAUUUCUCACGGCCAUCUUUUGACGUGCAGGACAGAUUUAAACCUACACACACACACACUCAACUCCUCCUCUGAACCAACAUAAGGAGCGAUACCACCUGGGGGAGAGAUACUGUAUGUGCUCCCCACACACACACACACACACACACACACACACACACACACACACACACACACACACACACACACACACACACACACACACACACACACACACCUGGAUAACAUGUGCAGCUGAUUCCAGUUGUCCAGCACAGACGUUACAGGUCUGUGGAUAGCCUGGCUUUCUACCAUGCCUGCCCCCCCAAUCCUACACCCCAGCAGACACAGACACCUUCCUCACACAAAUGGCUGCCCUGACCUAAAGACCAAACAUUCUACCCUCCCCGCCCUCCUCCCUGCCUCCAUCUUCUCGCUUCCUCAUACCCCGCACCUCAGCUCAUCAGGAGCUUCUCGAAGAACCCUCGCAAACGGCACCACGUUCCUGGCUUGUCACUGGCUGGCCCUGGUCACAUGCUGCCUGCUGCCUUCCCUGAUCGGCGCGGGGGAGACAUGGGGCGUGGUGUCAACCUGCCCCUUCCACUGCGUGUGCCGGAACCUUUCCGAAUCUCUCAGCACGCUCUGCGCCGACAAAGGGCUCCUGUUUGUGCCGCCGCACGUUGACCGGCGCACGGUGGAGCUGCGGCUGGCGGACAACUUCAUCACACAGGUGGGGGGGAACGACUUUGUCAACAUGAGUGGAUUGGUCGACUUGACUCUGUCGAGAAACACCAUCCACCUGAUCCGACCCAUGGCCUUUGCCGACCUAGAGAGCCUGCGAUCUUUGCAUCUCGACGGUAACCGACUGACAACAGUCGGCCCCAGGGACUUCACAGGGCUGUUGAAUCUACAACAUUUAAUCAUCAACAACAAUCAGCUGGUCAAAGUGUCAUCGCAGGCGUUUGAUGACUUCUUGCUCAGCUUAGAGGACCUUGACAUGUCCUACAACAAUCUCAGAAGGGUACCCUGGGAGGCCAUUCAGAACAUGGCGAGUCUGCACACUCUGAACCUGGACCACAACCUCAUAGACCACAUAGCGGAGGGAGUGUUUGGAGAGCUCUAUAAGCUGGCCAGGCUGGAUAUGACCUCCAACCGGUUAAGGACCCUGCCGCCCGAUCCUCUCUUUGCAAGGUCUCAGACGGGAGCAAUAAGCCCCACACCCUACAAUGCGGUUAUAAGUCUGAAUUUCGGGGGAAACCCACUGCACUGCAACUGUGAACUGCUGUGGCUCAGACGGCUUAUCCGAGGAGACGACAUGGAGACCUGCGCCACACCCGCGCACCUGGCUGCAAGGUACUUCUGGUCAAUUCCAGAGGAGGAGUUUACAUGCGAGCCCCCUCUCAUUACCCGCCACACUCACAAGCUGUGGGUUCUAGAAGGCCAGAGGGCCACCCUCAAGUGCCGUGCCAUCGGAGACCCGGAACCCGUGGUGCACUGGGUGUCACCUGACGAUCGGAUCGUCGCCAACUCAUCCCGGACCAGCUCCUUUAACAACGGCACGCUGGAUAUCUUGGUGACGGUGGCGCGGGACGACGGGGCGUACACUUGCAUCGCAAUCAACGCGGCCGGCGAAGCGACCGCCACGGUAGACCUGAAAAUAAUCCCCCUCCCGCACCGAGGCGGGACAGGCGGUAAUAACAAUGGGAACAACAAGAACAGGAACGUGACCAAUGGGAUUUUACGGACUGAUCCGGGAUCCUCGGAUAUUAGCACGGGGAUAAACGGUGUGGGACGUGGCACUGACGUGGAGGAUGGUAAAAAGGACGAGGAAAAGGACGGCAGGAGGGUGCCCGAAGGGGAGAGGACUGAUGAGGGCAACAUAGAGGAUGGCGACGGGGAGGAAGAAGAAGAAGAAGAAGGGAGGACGGUUGGAGUACAAGGAGUGACGUCCACAUCUGCUCAGAUCCGAUGGGACUUGGGACGUUCGUCUGAGGCUUACGUGGUGUGGAUGUAUCAGAUACAGUACAACUGCACGGCGGACGAAACCCUCAUCUACAGGAUCCUCCCCUCCACCAGUGACCGCUUCAUGUUGAAGAACUUGGUGUCGGGAGUAGAUUACAACUUGUGCGUGUUAGCCAUUUUCGAUGACUCCAUCACGGCGCUGGCGGCGACCAAAGUGCUGGGCUGCGCCUCCUUCUCCACCAAGGACGUUUACCCGGCCUGCAGCUCCCUGCAGGCUCACUUCCUGGGAGGGACGCUCACCAUCUUGGUCGGAGGCGUGGUGGUCGUCACACUCCUCGUGUUUACUGUUGCGCUAAUGGUUCGUCAUCGCGUCUGCAACCACGGUGACCACAUCAUUUGUCACAACAGCAACGCAGAGGCAGGAGUCGGGGUUUGUGGUCAGGGCGGAGGGGUGGUGGCUCGGGACAAAGGAGGGGAAAGAGGUGGGUGCUACCAGUCCAACGGUUCUGGGGACAUGAUGAUGGUGGUCCUACCUAAUGGCCUGCCCUCCAAGAGAACGGAGGACAAGGAAAAGGAGGCGGCUGAUUCCGCAUCAGCUCUUCCGCCGAAAGUCCCCCCGAAGCCCAGAAUCAAGCCUAAGGUCAACCUGGAGCAGUUUCUUUCCGCCGGGGGCGUGGUAUCCACCAUGGCGGGAGCGGGAGGGGAGAUGGCCUUGGUGGUGCGGCAGAGGAAGCUGGAGAAGGCCCUAGAGUACACUUCUGAAAGUGACAGAACUCCGCUCUACUAUUCCCCCUCCAUCUCAUCCACCCUGCCUCGCCAUUCACGCUCCAGGGAAUGCCCAAGACCCCGUCUGGAGCGAGAGCUGACCAAUCAUGCCAGCUUCUCCUUGGCAACGCCCCUAAGAGACUCUGACCUGCUGGACUGGAGGAUAACAUCCACCAGCAGGGACAAAUGGAACUCCUCUCAGGCUUAUCAGAGCCCUGUUUCACCUCUUAGCCCCUGUGGGGCCGUCAGCAAGCGGCGACACUCACUGGACAUGGGCUCCUCUGUUGCCCUAGCAACCGAUGCGGCCACAACCGUUGCCAAACGCUACGGCGCUGUCAGCUACGCCAAAAGGCUGAGCGUGAUCUGGACCAGGCGGAGCCAGUCUCUUCAUGGGAUGCUGGUGCAGUGCGCCUCCACCACAAGCACCGCCUCCUCAAACACCAGUGAGGAGGGCGAAAGCGGUGCCGGAUUUGGGGCGCAUUGCGAGUUCCAGCGUGGAUACAUCCACGCUUAUAACACCACCAACUCCAACUCUAACACCGAGGUUGUCGCUGGCAGAGCUAUAAAAGACAGGGGCAGGGACAAAGCAAAGGAUGGACGGAGUGCUGAAGAGCUGGAGGAAAGUGUCGUGUAGAACGUCUGUAGGAGAAGGUUGGGAGUGGUCGUAGUUAGGAGAAGAAAUGAAGACUGCAAAUGACAGAUGAAGGAUUGUAGCUAAAUAAGGGGAACAAGAUCAAGUUCAAUAACCAAGAAUAGAGAGAUUUGACAAUAAAUAGCCUGAGGGGGGUUAUCCUCAAAGAGAGUCAGAAACACAAGCAAAGGUUUUCCAAGUAAAUAGAUAGAGAACUCAGCGUGGAUCCCAGAAAAUCCUCAACACUAGUAGAAGCAGCCUCAACCCACACAACAACACCCGGCCUAGCACCGGAUCAAGGACCAUCGCCGGCACUGCAGGGAGGACGGCACAUUACAUUUGGAUGUGGCAUCGACUUAGUCAAUGUGUUGUUGUUUUUUUUGUGACUCAGCUAAACGCAAUGAAUGUGACUUCUGUGUGUCCUCUGUGUCUGCACUUUGGCCGACCAUGCCUCUGGAUUAUAGGAGCAUAAAUACAGAGCUGGCCGUGAUCAAUCCAUGUGCGCUGGCGGCGCCGCAGUGGAGCACGGACAUUAUUAAACGACAGCCGGAUUACAAUGGAGUCGAUAUGGAUUACAAAAUAGUGGAGGUGUGUGAUGGAAAGUUUCCAUGCUGCUUAAUGGUGUGCAUGCGAUGACCGGAUCAGGGAGCGGAUGUGUGUGUUUGUGUAGGGUGUUUUCCAGUCGACUGUUCCUGUUACAUAUGUUUUAAUGUUUUGGCAAGGCGCUGGGAACAAGGACGAUUCCGUUCAUUAAAGGCUCAAGAGUUGAAAGACAGAAUUAUUAUUAUUUUUUUUUUGCAGUUUGGACUGAAAGCAACAAUGUCCACUGAGAUGUUCUUUUUUUUUUUUCUUAGUGACUUCAUUCGUGCCACACGAAUUGUCUUUCUAUCAAACCGUGAAUGUUUUCAGAAAGGAUGCACUAUAAAGAGGACACAGACAUCAUGAGCUGGUUGGGACUUCAGAGCAUUAAAGUGGGACAACAAAACAAGAUGAUCUCCUAACUCCAAUCAAAAGAGUACAUAUAUAUAGUAUAUAAAUAUACUGUAUAUAUCUACGCGGACUACAAUAAUUGUAUUUGUCGCACUGUGUGUUUCAGUUCUACAGACUUUUCUGGCAAAGAUGUUAGGCAAAACAACAACAAAAAAAAUAGAGAAAAUGUGAUUUAUCAUUUUUCAUUUUGGGGAAAUGUACAAUUGGUGAUGAGUAGGCAUAAAAUAAAGAUAUAAAGCACACAAAGCACAAACACAAGCCUAUGAAAACGACAUAUUACAUAAAUAAUGAAACAUUACUGUUGUUCCCUUACAAUUUUUUUGUUAAUUUUGCCAAAGUUAAUAUUGUUCUCUUGACAUGAUAUGAAUAAAAAAAAUAUAUGUAUGUAACACUGACUGCCUCAUGAACAAACAAAAUAAGAC